AUGGAGUAUUUUCUGUCACUGCCAGAAGGUUGCAUAUCACAAAUUUUCUCCUUAACAUCGCGGAAAGACACUGUUACAUCUUCAGCUGUAUCGCGAGGAUUCAAGUUUAUUGUUGAAUCAGACGUUGUUUGGGAGAAUCUUUUGCCUUCUGAUUAUCAACAUAUUAUUUGUAGAUCAAGCUCUUUGUUGGAUCAUUCUCCGAAGAAAGAACUUUACUUUAGUCUUUGUAACUCUCCAAUUCUCCUUGACGGAGGCAAACUGCAAGAGAACUUGAAUUUUUCAACGGGGAACGUCUAUACACCGUGGUAUUGGGCAGAAUCCAGGUUCUCAGAAGUGAGUCAUUUCCCAUUUUUCCGAAGGCUUAAUAUCCGUGGCAAGAUUGCAAGUAAAAUUGUGUCAAAGAGAACAACAUAUGUUGUUUAUCUGGUGUACAAAGUGCAAGAUGCAUUUGACGGAUUUGGAAGUGUCAAUUGA